UCGCCGGGUUAGCCGGCCGGCACGGGUACUCGCAGCUUCCGCGCGGGCGGCGUUGCGCCCGUCUUGGCGCCGGGAACUGUAGCGCCCCCCCAGUUUACCGGCCCAGCGCCAGGAUGGCCCCCAUACCCCCGGAGUCAGUGGAGGAGCUCCGCACCUCCGGCAACCAGAGCUUCCGCAACGGCCAGUUCGCCGAGGCCGCCACACUCUACAGCCGCGCGCUGCGGAUGUUGCAGGAACAAGGUUCUUCUGAUCCAGAAAAAGAAAGUGUUCUCUACUCUAACCGAGCAGCCUGCCACUUGAAGGACGGGAACUGCGUCGACUGCAUCAAGGAUUGCACUUCAGCACUGGCCCUGGUUCCCUUCAGCAUGAAGCCCCUACUGCGGCGAGCAUCGGCCUACGAGGCCCUGGAGAAGUACCCUCUGGCCUACGUGGACUACGUGACCGUGCUGCAGAUUGAUGACAGCGUGACGUCAGCCUUGGAAGGCAGCAGCAGAAUGACCAGAACUCUCAUGGACUCCUUUGGGCCCGAGUGGCGCCUGAAGCUGCCCUCUAUUCCCUUGGUGCCUGUUUCAUCUCAGAAGAGGUGGGAGUGUCUGCCUUUGGAAAACCACAAAGAGACAUCUAAAAGCAAAUCCAAAGAAACCACAAGCGCGAAGAGCAGAGUGCCUUCUGCUGGGGAUGUGGAGAGAGCCAGAGCUCUGAAGGAGGAAGGCAAUGAGCUUGUAAAGAAGGGGAACCAUAAGCAAGCGAUUGAGAAGUACAGUGAGAGCCUCUGGUUUAGUAACUUGGAAUCCGCCACGUACAGCAACAGGGCGCUCUGCCAUCUGGAGCUGAAGCAGUACCAGGAGGCGGUGAAGGACUGCACAGAAGCCCUCAGGCUGGACGGGAAGAACGUGAAGGCGUUCUACCGCCGGGCUCAAGCCUACAAGGCUCUCAAGGACUUCAGAUCCAGCUUUGCAGACAUCGACAGCCUUCUGCAGAUAGAGCCUAGGAACGGCCCUGCGCGGAAGUUGCGGCAGGAGGUUAACCGGAGCUUAAACUAAAAUCCCAGAACGGCAGCAGGACACCUGUCUGCCUGAGCACCUUCUUCUGUGCCUGCUCCUGGAACCUGGUGGGCCCCCGAGUGGGCUCUGAAGCCCCCUCCUUUCCCCCUCAGAGACGUGAUGGCCUCCCACCCCUCAGGAGGCUCCGCCUGUUCACCUUAAGCUCAGUGUAGUCAGAAAGCAGACGUUUUGUUGGGAAAGCCUCCCCCUGUUCUGCACUCCCCUGUGCUGUGGACAGUGAGCAGGUCACAGCGAUGGGUGCUCAUCAGCAGUGUGCUCAGCCUGGUCUCUGCCCAGAGGCUCCAGACCCAGUGCUGCCCUCUGGUCACCAGGUCCUCUCACCCCGGUCCAUCUGGGCGCUCAGAAAGCUGCCAGUCCCAUGGGACACAGGCUGGCGUGGGAAGGACAACUGGGAAACCCUGGCCCGCCUAUACCCAUGGCAGCCAGCUGAGCUGGUUCUCCAAGGCUGCCGACCCCUUCCCUGUCCUUGCACAGCACUCGUGUUCUGAGCCCCAGUGCCUUUUGGCUGAGCCUCCUGACAGGAAUGCGGAACCUGUCCCCUUGGCCGGCGUUUGUGGCUCUGCGCUGCUGUCGCCCACAUAGAGAUACCUAAGUUCUUUCAAGAGCCCAGAGGUGUGGCUGCUGCUCCUGAAGGUGGGAUGGGGAGAAACCUCCUUGAAGUCCGUGUCCUUCCCUUCCCGGCAGGGACUUGCCUUUUGACUCCCACAGUGGCCCCACUAGGCUUCUUAGUUCUUUGUAAUACGUUGAAGUUAAUUUGAACUGAAUAGACUGACUUUUGUUGAACUGCGAGUUUAAGCUACUGCAUUCACACCAUCUACAUGAAUGUCUGUUGUACUUUGAUUUAUGGUUCAGUUUUGGUUCACUUUGGAACUUUGCAGUAAUAAAAAACUGGUUAUGCAGCAUUCA